AUGGCCCUCCUCGAUUUUUGGCUGCUACAGCACGUUUCCCCAGUCUGGCCACAAGUGGCCGUUUUGCCAUUUCACCCACUAGUGGUCGUUUUCCGGUUUUCGCAACUACUGGCCGUUUUCCCAUUUUGGCCACUAGUGGCCAUUUUCCCAUUUUGCCCAUUAGAGGCCGUUUUCCCAUUGAGGCCACUAGUAGCCGUUUUGUCAUUUCUGCCGGCGCCACUACUGGCCGUUUUGCCAUUUUGGCCACUAGUGGCCCUCUUACCAUUUUAGCCAGUAGUUGCCGUUUUGCCAUUUCACCCGCCACUAUUGCCCAUUUUCCCAUUUUGGCCACUAAUAGCCCUUUUGCCAUUUUGGCCACUGGUGGUCGUUUCCCCAUUUUUGCCACCACUGCCUGUUUUGCCAUUUUAGCCACUAGUGGCCGUUUUGCCAUUUCGGCCACUAGUGGCCCUUUGGCUAUUUUGGCCACUAGGGGCCGUUUUGCCAUUUUGGUCACUACUGGCCCUUUUGCCACUUUAGCCACUAGUGGCCCUCUAG